AAAAAGACAAAGAAGAUAAAAAAACAAAACUAUAGUGGCUAGGAAAGCCCCGGAGAUUCUAUGGGAAAUUGGAAACGUCGAAGUGAGCUGUGGCUUAUAAAUAGGAAGAUGAGGAGAUAACGGGCGAAGGAUAUUCAUGGUGCGAUUGGAUCUUCUUUGAUUCAUUACGACCAGCGCGGUUGUUCGUAUUUCAUUUUCAUUUGCCAAACCAAACCCUAUGUUUGCACUAAGUUACUUACGGAAUCUCAAAUCGUUUCCGAGAAAACUUCGUUCGAAUUGCAUGUGUUAAGCAAAGUGCAAAAACCAACUUCUUAGCGCUUAGCUACUGCCUAUAAGCUUACACCUGCUCUUACAAGAAAAAAAAAAUUUUCAAUGUCCGACUGCCCGAAUCAAAACCUUUCUUUUCUUAUGAUUAGAGGGAAGGAUCACUCCUAAAUGCAGCCUUUAUCAACUAUAAGAUACCACCCGACGCACUUGGGUACUUCCAUCCGACAAUCAAGGCUAGUGUAGCGAAGGGAGCCAAAAAACGUGAGCGCCCCUACGCGAGCCUUAUUGAAAAGGCCCCUGACUAUAGAUAGGGCGUUAGCGCUUUACUAAUAACAUAGAAAGGGUUCCAACCAAAACCUACUCCUAACAAGUUGCUGAGUUCGGCUUUCGGGACUACUUAGGGCUUAUGGUUUAUAUAAAAAAGAGCCCUCGGCCUUCUUUCUUGUUUAAGGGCUGCUCGCCUUUUUGAAUAGAAGGAAGUGGGAUAGCGGAGGUGAUUUCGGUAAACCGAUGCAUGAGCUGAGGCUCCCAUGUCCCGCCGACCCUCCGAAAAAGUAAGGUCGUAAAACGGCUCAUAGGGAGUCAGAAGCAAGCAGAGUCAAAGGCGGGUCAAACUCACAUAAGCAUAGGGGGAGACACAUUCAUGAAAAGCGAGAAGCCGUGCCGUGGGGGACUGACCAACUAUGAAUAGAUCUUACUUAGGGCUAAGAGUAGGAACAUCUAUUAGUCCGUAUCGUGGGUCUACUUGUUACAAAAGGCAAACAUCCCCAUUCCAAAACAUUCACAUUGGUCCUCAGGCAGGCAUCGAAAAGGGGACGAAAAGAGUCUAUUUACCUUUACAAUAUUCCGGAAUGUAUCAUGGCCCUAUCCAUUCAUCUUUUUCUUCAAAAAAAAAGAGUUCCGCAUCUUUCCGGGGCCCGGGGAACAAAUAGGCGCGGGGAAGAGGGAGAGGGGGGCUACGAGCCCUCUCCCGUUGCUGUUCCCGGACCACCCAUCCCUUCCUUCCCCUUCGCCCGGCCCGGUGAGGUCCGAUCAGAUCAGAUCUAUCGAACGAAGUGAAGUGAUAGGAAGAGAAGACUUCUGGCGGGAGAUCUCUAUUCAUUACACCUCCUUGACUAGUAAGGGGAAAAGGGAAGUGCGCUCUUGCGCACCAGCUGAAGGAAGGAGCUUUGGAAGCUUACCAACAACCUAUCAACUCCUAACAAGUUGCUGGAUCGAAGUAGGACAUUCUCCAUCCGCCCGCCAGCAGCAGAGGGGGUUCGAUUCCCGUUAUACGCGAUGUGGCGAAAAAGACUGAUUCAACAAUACAUCAUGCCUGCAUUAAGAUUUAAAACUUGUCGUCUACUUUCAGGAAAUGUUCGGAAGAGAGAACUUACAAUAAUACAACGCCGCAUUCUCCGAAGAUUGAGGAAGAAGAACAGAUCUAUUAAGAGAAAGAUUUAUUCGAGAGAAAAUCUUAACAGUUACAUCCAAUUACAAACUACACGAAAGUUGUCCCUUUUUUAUGGGGAUUUACCCAUCACAGAGAUGCACAGAGGAACAGAACAAACUUCAUAUAUCCCUUUUCCACUCAAUCCAGAAACAAGAUCGGACGUUAUUCCGGUUCGUCUCCAUUUUCGUGAAACUAUUCCUCAAGCAAGGCAGCCGAUAAGUCAUCGAAGGGUUUGUGUGAAUAAUGGAAUGGUAAGCAUUACUCAUUUGAAAGUGUCCCACGGUGAUCUAAUAUCUUUUCAAGAAAAUUACGCGAGAAUCCGCGGUGAAGAAAUAAGGAGAUCUUUCUAUAUCGAAAUAUCAGUUGAUAAAAUCAUAGGCAAAUUCCUGCCGGUAAGAAUGUGGAGAAGAACGAAAACAGAAUGGUUCCACCUACUCAAAACUAAGAGGGGAUGCCACCUACUACUAAAAUCCCGGUUUUUGAAACAGUUGCGUUCUUCUAUGCAAGAAGAAGACUUAGAAAGAACAAAGAAGUUUGGAUCCGAAAAAGUAUGCUUAGGCAGUUCCUUCGCUGAGCACAACAGAAUGAAGAGGAAUUUGUAUCAUUUCAAAUCCCUAUUCUUAUCGAAGAGAAGGAAGGAUAAAAACCGAUAUCUUCCUACUCGAAGAAGAAGUACUUUAGUUUACAACUCUUCUUUAUAUAGUAAUUCGACCUAUUGCUCCGCAGCCCCCCAUCAGUUUACUAUGAAGAGAAGAAUCAAAAGGAUCGAACUACCUACUCAUUAUUCGGAGGUGAAUCAUAGAACACCAAAAGCUGUGGUAUCUUAUGGACCUAACAUAGGUCACAUCCCUCACGACAUAAGAUUGAAAGAUCCAAACCUUCCUCUUCGGAGCGGAAACGGACGUGGCCAAAACAUAUAAAGAUCGGCGUAGUCGCUCAUAGGGACAAAUCUAUCCGGAUAGAGGAUGUCUAGAUCGAUUUAUAGAUAGAUUUCUAUCCAUAUAGAUAGGUAUCUCCGUGGAUAGAGAAAAAAAUAGGGAUCCAUCUAGAUCUUGAUUCACUAUUUCAUUCCAUUUUUUUUUUUUACGACAAGUUUGAAAUCUGCAAGGAAACAUCGUUUUUCAAUUAUUACUUUCUGGGUCGGAGCGUAGACGAGCGAGCAGAGCCCAGGAAACAGGGAAGCCCGUGAUAGAGCAGUCGACUAGAAGUAGAAGACUGCUGGCCUGAGAGAAGGCGGCCUCUCUCGGCAAAGAUGGCCCAAUUUCUAUUCUUUCUUUUUUAUUUCGGGUUUAUUUCUUUUUUCAGGGGCCCAGAACGCUAAAAGGUGGGGGAGAAGCAAGCCGAACCUCUGAUCGACCGAGACACAUAAAAAAUUCUCGGCGUCGAGAGAAGAGAUUUGAGAUUCCGUAAGUAACUCAGUGAGUGCUUUCUAAGCUAAGAAGGGCUUGGAAGAAGAAAAUGAAAUUGGAACAACCGCGCUGGUCGUAAUAGAUCGACUUUCAUGCUAGUUCUUGCUCAAGCAUGAAAGUUCCAUUUCAGGAAAGGACGACGUACCAUGAUACUUUCUGUUUUGUCGAGCCCUGCUUUGGUCUCUGGUUUGAUGGUUGCACGUGCUAAAAAUCCGGUACAUUCCGUUUUGUUUCCCAUCCCAGUCUUUCGCAACACUUCAGGGUUACUUCUUUUGUUAGGUCUCGACUUCUCCGCUAUGAUCUUCCCAGUAGUUCAUAUAGGAGCUAUAGCCGUUUCAUUCCUAUUCGUUGUUAUGAUGUUCCAUAUUCAAAUAGCGGAGAUUCACGAAGAAGUAUUGCGCUAUUUACCAGUGAGUGGUCUUAUUGGACUGAUCUUUUGGUGGGAAAUGUUCUUCAUUUUAGAUAAUGAAAGCAUUCCAUUACUACCAACCCAAAGAAAUACGACCUCUCUGAGAUAUACGGUUUAUGCCGGAAAGGUACGAAGUUGGACUAAUUUGGAAACAUUGGGCAAUUUACUUUAUACCUACUAUUCCGUCUGGUUUUUGGUUCCGAGUCUUAUUUUAUUAGUAGCCAUGAUUGGGGCUAUAGUACUGACUAUGCAUAGGACUACUAAGGUGAAAAGACAGGAUGUAUUCCGACGAAAUGCUAUUGAUUUUAGGAGGACUAUAAUGAGGAGGACGACAGACCCA